GGCAUGUUCCCAGCUCUACCUGGAGAUGCUGCCAGACACAACCUGAGACCUUCUGCAUGCUAAGUAUGGGCUCUUCCCUGACAAAGAUCACACCCCUAAUAACCAUGUGAUCCAAUACCAAAAAAAGUCAGAAUAAAAACAUAACUUUAAAAUAAACAACAUACCAAGUAAAGCAAUAUUCAAUAAUACUGAAUACUCAAUAAUCCAUUAGAAUAGUAAAAUUAAAUAGGAAGGAGGAGGUGAAGGGGCUCCGACAGAGUCACAGAGUCCACUCGCCACAGUCCUUAAAAGAGUUCCCCUAAGCGCUGCCAUAAGGCAGCCUGCAAACUGCACGUUGUAAUCGCAAGGAGAAGAGGUGAAACACAGCCCCCAGCACUUUGACCAGAAAGGGGCUUAUAUUCUGUCUUCUUUCUUACUUUCCUUCUCUCUUAUUUUCACUCCAAAUCAGUCCUACAGAAGUCUGUAAUUGGGGAGAGUAUAUCGCUGUUUUCUUCUUCUCUCCACCACCAAGAGGAAGGAGGAGGUGAAGGGGCUCCGACAGAGUCAAAGAGUCCACUCGCCACGCUCCUCAAAAUCGCCCCAAAGCCUCCAAAAAGUUUUCCCAAGCGCUCCAAACACUAUAAUUUUCUUUGAUUAUAAUCCCUUAUAUCACAUAGCACAAUCUCCUCCUGAAUAUAGCAAAGAAGGGGGUAGUAGUCUUACUAUCGUGCUUUAUAGAUCCACCUUCCGUCUUUAUAAUCCACUUUCCCGUCGCUGGCUCAAAAAUUGCUCAACCAGAUUCUUUUGGGAUUAGUGGGAAAGGAGGUUAAAAAGAAGGAUAAGAAUUUAUUUUUGUAUGCCACGACGGCAGCAAGGAUUAUGUUGGCCCAGAAUUGGAAGACAAAUGUAUUACCAACUAUUUCGGACUGGCAGGUUAAAUUGAUAAAUUAUGCGGAACUGGCUAGAUUAUCAGGGAGAAUACGAGAUCAGGAAGAUCAGAAGUUUUCUGAAAAUUGGAGUAAAUAUUUGGUGUAUAUAAGAGAUAAUUGUAAAUCUUUAAAGACCCUGGCAGGGUUUGAUUAACUUCAACAGCAUAUGGUUAAUUAGAUAAACGAAUAAAAUACGAGAUGUAAUGAAAUUAUAAGAUACUUAUCGAAGGGGGGGAAGGAAGUCUGAAGCUCGGCAGAGCUAAAGGUUUUAUAUGAGAUCUAUUUGUAUAACAAAUGUACAUAAAUGUAUUCUGGUUGAAAAUCAAUAAACAUUUAAUUUUUUUUAAAAAGAAUAGUAUGCACAUAAUAAUCGAACAGUUUACACUUAACAAUUACAGUAAAGAAUUACUAAGCUAUAAUCAAUAAAAAUGAUAGCAAGUCACAAUGCAUAAAAUGCCACCAAACAUACAAGCAUGUCAGGCUCUAGUAAUAUCUCCCUUUGCAGGAUUCCUUUGGUAAGUCCCUAAACAGAGCAAUGAGGAACGGUUAAUAAUAAUUUAAGCGACUUAGUGUAAUAUAUAAGUGUAAUUGAUUUAUCUCACAGCUAACCGGCAGCAAAAAAAAAUAAUGUUAUAAAUUGAUAUACAUUACAUCUCCUAAUACUGUAAAAAAGUUUUCUUCCCCCCCUUGCAGUUAUAUGUUAUGUUGCAUUUUUUGUGGUGUAAAUUAUGUUGGGAAUCAGUGAAAUAUUAGAUAUAAACAAAACCUUGUAUUCAAAUAAUAUGCCUAUUUUUCUGCCCUUUAAGAACAAACGUGUGGAGCUUCUUGUGUGUGUGAGUGCUUGUGAGCUCACAUGGGGCGGGGAGGGGGCGGUGCCGAAUUGAGUCUUUGACCCAUGGAAGAAAGCCUAAUUUCCCUGCCAGCAGCUGUGUGCACUUUGAUCAGCAGCCUGGAGGGAAUUAAACACAGGUGGGGGAUGUCUGAGGAAACGCUCGCAGCUGUGCCUGCCUAGCCAGGCAAGAUAGGGCUGGAAGUACAGAACACGUGAUCCCUGCACCUGUAACUGAUUCAGAUUGGAACAUGCCCUAAUAGCCUCCCCUACUUAAGGACAGGCAGCUGUGAGGAGUGUGAUGAAGACUAAGGAGGCGUGCAAUGCGUGCUGGGUGAAGGUGUGGCAGAAAUGGCUGGAGCGAGGUGUGCGGAGGGACUGUCGCAUACUGAGAGGAUACAAGGGAGAAGAGGGGACAAGUUCAGCCAAGAGCAGCCAGAUCCAGGACAGGUGCUGGGGGGGUUGGAGUUGGAACUUCUGGGACUUUCACAUUUUGCCCCUGCCUGCACCAAAUGCUAAUUGUGACAGCACCCCUUUUGGAGGGAGAAAAAGAGAAGGGAUUUAAAAAUCAGGUUCAGGAUUGUUUCUUUAGUUAAAAAAACGACCCAGCUUUUAUUUCACCUUAUAUCACCUUUAGCUCCUUGGAGAAGAGGUGGGCUAUAAAUACAAAUGUGGGCUGGACAAGGUGGAUUUGCAGCUGGUUGACUGACUAAACCCAGAGGGCUCGCUAGUGGGAACCUCGGCUCUUAGUUUGGUACACGCACACUCCAUGCACAUUUGCACGCACACACACAAAGCUCAACACAUUUGUUAUUAAAUGGCAUAAAAAUAGGCAGUAUAUAUUAUUUGACACUGUGCUUGUUAAUAGUAGGAAGAGUUUUCAGAGGCUUCGGUUAACUCAGGAUUUGCACUCUUAAGGUUUAGAAAUGUUAAGAAAAACUUUUGCCAAGUUCUGAAGUUUGAAGCUUCCCUGAGUUUAAGUUGGCUUUAAAGGUAACAUCCUGACUUCAGCUGCUGCUGCUUAUCUUAAAUGUGCAGUUUUAAAGGCAAGCUUGCUUCAUUAUUUUUUAGAAAGGAAAACCGAAACCCCCUAGGUAAUUUAUCUUUCCUAAGACAAGCAUUUUCUAAAAGAAGCUAGGUAUUGGAUUUGAUCAAUCUAAAACAGGGCCAAUUUAGAGAAAGGAGAAACUGGGAAAGUGUUUGAAAGAGGCUUGAGAAAAGUUUCUCCAAAUACGAAAAUAUUCUGUGUGUAAAAUAUUUUUUUGUAUGUGUGUAUCUGGCUUUCAUUCAACUUUCAGUAGCUCUGCAGAUAGGAUUCCUCAAACGAUCCAUUAUUACUAAGACGUUGCAUGACUGCAUGACCAAAGGGAAAAUGAGUGCCCCUUCCAGUAAAAGUAAAUUGCUUGUCAACAGUAGAGCUUCCAUGUGCAGAGGCUAUCUGAGGUUGGAUUUAUUUGGUUAAAGGAUCGUUAAAGGGCUGCAUUUCCUAAGAUCAGUGAAGACCCAUGGGAGUAGCCAGGUCUGGGGGGGGCAGAACCAACCUGAUUGGUCAGUUAAGUAUUGUUUUACUUGAUCUGGGAGGGGGCAGCUGCCCCCCUGCCUCCCCUUCUUGGCUAUGCCCAUGUCAAGACUCUCAGGUUUCCUUUUAACAUAGCUUUUAAAAAGUCUCUUUGACCCUUUUUGCCACCCCUCUUUGAGUUAUGAAAUCCUUUGAGUUUUGAUGGGUAAAUUUACUCCCAAGUAAGUUUCCUUCAACGAGGUUCCUUUCAAUUUUGUUUCGUUACUCAUUUCAGGAAAUAAUACAUUUGUAGUCAUCUUAGGUUCCAUGUAAGGUGAAGAAAUGUUUCUUGCCACGUAGAAAGUGUCCUGCAAUUGCAAUCCCAAUGCAGCCUGACAGUGCUUGACGGGGAGCUGCAUUGGGCAGGGAAAACGCUUACUCUCCUCCUCGCGUUCCUGUUUUAACUGUUGCAUGGUGUGCGCACCUGUGUAUGAUGUCGUGAUUGUGUGUCCUCUCGCAGUUGGGGGUGUAUACAUGUUUGUCUGGUGGCAGACUGGUUAAAAAGGUUUUGUGGGCUUGGAACGAUCGCUUCAUCCCACCAAAUCGCCCAUCCCACCAAAAGCAGCAGGGGAUCAGAGAUCUGAACGUAAGAAAGCACACACCCAGGGGGUGUAGCAUGUUGAGUGCUGGCCCUGGUUUUGAGGGGGGUCCGGCGUGGGGUGCUGGGUCGUGCCCAGGGCCAUAGGUAGGGGUUGGUGAGGAAGGCCCCCGCCAGGGGCGCAGGCGAGGCCUCCUCGCAAAAUCUGCUCCGUGCGCCCUCCAGCGGGAGAACUUGCGCGCGCGGCGGGCGCUUCUUCUUGCUGCUUGCGUAGCCGGCGAAGGAAUGAAGGGGCAGGAGGGCGCGCGUGAGAGAGGGAGAGAAGGAAGGAAGGAAGGUGGGUGUCCUCUCGGGGUGGAGCUACCGGAGCCGGGGAAAGGGCGUCGGCAGGGGAGGCGAGGAAGUACCCGAGCGCGUUCCAAGCACGUUUCUGACCCUGCUGGAAGCAUGCGGAGGGGCAGCGUAUAAUACCACCCGCUUGCAGCUGGGGCAACAGCCUCUCCCACAGCCCUAUGCGGGAGCCCCAGAGUGCAAAGAUAUAAUUUUUGAAAUCACAAUUGCCUCUGGGCAUGUGCAGAUUGUUCCUCCCGAAGUCGAAAGAGGUCCGCCUCCCGCUUUAAGAGGAGGGCGAACGGUUCCGUCCAGGGCAAAGGUGGCGGUGAGGGGAUGUGUGCGCAGAGGCGGAGCUAGGUGCACUUGCUGUGCACGCUGGGGCGGGGCUGUGCGGGGGCAGGGCUAGCCGUGUGCAGGGAGAGGAGGGCGGGCACCCCCCGCAGCGAGCGAUGACACCCCCUUGACACCCAGGACUGCCAGGGGCGCAAGAUUACCUAGCUACGGCUCUGGUCGUGCCCGCCAAGUGCUGCGUCCACUGGCCGGGCUCCCGGCUGCGCGGGCGGGCUGGCGGGUGGGGCAACAUGGCCCUGCUUGGCUGCGUUGUAGCUGAAACCUGCGCCUCCAUUGAAAGGGAGGUGUCAAAGAUUAAAUGCCUCCAAUCACAACUAGGGGUGAUAUGACCUUGAUAACCAUUUUAGUUAUAAUUCCAAGGGUUUGCAAAUUGUCUGCAGAGAGGCCACCCCAGACCCCUUGCUGACAGGGAAAUGGAUCGCUGUCUAAGCCCACCUGCUCACUGACUAUGUGCAUCAAGUAUUCAUAAUACCAACAGGGGAGUGCCCGGUUUCCUUCUGGCUGUGCUUCCCCUCGUAGUUUACCAAAAGUGGGCCACUAGGCAGCACCCCCCCUCACUGGGUAAGUGAAAAACAGGCGGGCCUCCCACUUAUUCCACACCUCAUGUCUUUCCCUGCUGAUUCCGCCAAGCCCGUUCCCUUGACUGUGGUUUCACUAGACAGGUGGGGACAGUGGGAAUCUCCUUCAUCCAUUCAUGCGUGUCACUAGAUGAGGAAUUUGGCUCUUUUUUUGUCAUCAUCGGGGCACCACGACCCUCAGACGUUGCAUCUCUUUAUCCACAGAGGUACGGAUUAUUUUCUAGCAGUCCUGUGGUAUACCUGGGCAAUUUUCUGGGCGCUCACAUCCCAGCACCGAGGGAGGCGGCUGUUUUGUUAAAGAUGGAAUGAGCAUAAAUGCCUCCAAUCACCACUCAUGAUGAGAGAACCUUAAGGUCUUGCUUCCAGACAAUACCCCAGGCUAACAGGUCCUCUGCCAAGCGAUCACUCCACACCCCUCUGCAGGAGAGUGUUGCAGAUGUGGUUCUCAGGUCUUCCACUUAGUAGCACACUUAUUUUUUUUAUUUUAAAUAUAUCUUUAUUAAUUUUAAAUAAAUACAUUUAUGAAAAAACAGAUGUACAUACAAGUAAACAAACACAAUCAAACAAAUAACAGAAAAAUCAAACUACACACUAUAAGAUACAAGAAGAUUAAUAUAAUUGUCAACUUAUAUACUCCUGAUACUGAACACAAUUAUAAAACUUACAGAGAAGAAAUUUAAAGCUGGCUUCCAGUUAAUCUCACUGUACUUUAUCUAUCCAUUACUUUAUACUGCACAGUUACAUAUUUCUUAUAUAAUUUCUUUUUACCUCCCUAUGAACUUAUAUUUAUACAAUGCAGGGAUCAGUCUAAUUCAGCCAAGAUGUUUCCUUUUAUUCCAUAGUUUUCUAAAUAUUCUUUAAAGAUUCCACAAUCCUUAUAGACUUUUUGUUUUGGUUGGCCUCUUACUCUUCCUGUCGCUUUCGCUAGCUGCAGAUAUUCUACCAUUAGGAUUUGCCAAUCUUCCGUGUUGGGUAUUAUUGUGUUUUUCCAAUUUCUUACUACUAAAAUUCUGACCAUCAUUAUUCCGUACAUGAACAAUGUUCUUUUUUUAUUUCUCUAUUUCUUUUGGCAAAAUGCUUAAUAAAAAUAUUUCUGGCCUCUUUUUGAAUGUUAAUUUAAUGUUAAUUUAAAUAAUUCUUAAAUUUCUUCAUAUAUAUUAUUCCAAAAAACACAAAUAUCUGCACCUUUCCACCACAUAUGCAAAUAAGACCCAAUUUCUUUAUUACACCUCCAACAUAAAGGUGAUCUGUUCUUAUACAUUUUAGCAAGUUUUUCUGGAGUUUGAUGCCAUCUAUACCUCAUCUUAAUUGUGUUUUUCAUGAAACUGUAGCAGGCCGUGAAUUUUAUGUCUUCCCGCCAUAAUUUUUCUCAUUGUUCCAUAAAUAUUAUAACCCAAAUCUUGUGUCCAUCUCACCAUUAUGGCUUUCACUUGUUCUUCCUUUACCUCCCAUUCCAAUAGGAGGUCGUAUACCCGUGAGAUAUAUUUUCCUUUACUUUGUAUCAAUUCUUUUUUCAAAUUUUGAUGUUUCUUUUGCAAGCCCUACUUUUUUAUCAAUAGUUAAUCUUUGAUGUAUUUGAAAAUAUUGCAGCCAGUUUGUCAAAUGCCCUUUAAUUUCUUCAUAUUUUUUCAGUAUAGGUUCAUCCUGUUGUCCUUCUAAUAAUAAUCUGUAUGUGGCCCAUUCCCCUUCCAUAUUCUUUUUCUUAACUGCCUGUGCUUCUGUAGGUGAGGUCCACAGGGGGUUCUUGGGUUCUAGUAUUCCUUUAUAUUUUGACCAGAUCUUAUAUAAUUAUUUCCUUAUUAAAUGAUUCAGGAAGCCCCUGUGGACCUUUACCUUCUCAUAUAUUAAAUAGGCAUGCCACCCAUACUGAUGAUCAUAUCCCUCCAAAUCUAAUACAUCAAAAUCCCUUAAUGUUAUCCAGUCUUUCAUCCAUAGUAGUGCUGCAGCUGCAUGAUAUAACUCUAGAUCAGGGAGCACGAAGCCUCCUCUCUUUUUUAUCACUUGGUAGCGCUCUUUAACCAACUCCAGGAGACUACUGUUGCCGGCGUACUAGUGGACUUUCUGAGCAUGAGCCCUCCUCAGGUCCACCACAGGUAUGUCUGGGCCUAAUAUCCCCAGGAGGAAAGCCUCCAUUUUUUAAAAUGAAGGAUACUAUCAUAAUUCUUUUGAGCUCAUUAUAAAUUACAUUGCAAAAUUCCUUUAUUUUCUUACAGGUCCACCACAUAUGUAACAUUGAGCCUUCCGCUCCCCCACAUCUCCAGCAUUUACUUGAAAUGUUCUUAUACAUUUUGGAUAAUUUUAGUGGUGUUAAGUACCAGCAGAAUUGCAUCUACAUAAAAUUUUCUUUCAAGGUGUAGCAUGCGGUGAACUUCAUAGAUUUUCCCAGGCUUUCAUUGGGAUACUAGAGCCAAAAUCUUGAACCCACUUGACCAUUACAGAUUUUAGAGGAUUACCGAUUGGAGAGGAUUUUCACUUUAGAAUUGAUCAGUUCUUCUGUAAAACAAGAAAAUCCUUAAUAAAAUAUUUAAUAAAAAAAAAGAAUUGAUCAGUUCUUUUUCCAAUGUAGAGGGUUCCAUCGCAAAACCAUUUCUUUUGUCUAGUUUAAAUACCUCAUAAAGUUGGUGAUAUUGUAACCAACCUGACAGAUGUUCUCUAAUUUCUUCAAAGCUUUUUCCUUCCUCUUCCUUCCAUAUUUUUUCUUCUUCACUGCUAGUGCUUCAAUGGGAGAUAUCCACCUCAGAGUUUUAGGUUCAAGCAAAUCUUUGUAUUUUCCCAAACCAUAUAGAGAGGUUUCCUUAUAAUAUGAUUAUUAUUUUUUUGUGGAUCUUAACUUUAUCAUAACCUUAAGUAGGCAUGCCAGCCAUAACGGUUGUAAUGUCCUUCCAGGUCUAGAAGGUCUGUGUUUUGUAGUGUACACCAUUCCUUGAUCCAGGAGAGACAGGCCGCUGCAUGAGACCUGUAGCAGACUUGGAGAACGUGGUUCAGAGUUUUGGGCAUCUGGCACCCGCCGUGACAUAGCCGGUCAGCUCUCUGUCCCCUGGCCAAGCAGGACCUGGUUGGAAGUGCAUUGAUGUGCAUCCGAAUGGAGUUACGAUAGUCCUUGCCCGACAGGAACUUAGUGCAGCCAUAGACCCAGUUGUGCUGGCUACGGGUUUUCCCAGACUCCUUCAAUGCACAACCAUCCACCGAUUGGUACAGGAGACUGGCCCAUCGGCGUUUUUGUGCCUGAGCUGGGAACAGGCAGUUUCCCCUCUCUAGUAGCCACCCCUCUAACAGAGAGAGCUCCCACCUCAGAAAGGUCCCAGAUGUAGACUGCUCCGUCCUUACCAGUGGCAGUCGUAGGAGCUGAUCCCUACGAAGUCGUGGCAUCAUCCAGCGCAUCGCCGGAAUUCCUAGGCCUCCGUCACUGACCUUAGUGUGGAAGUACGCGACAGGCGUACUAUCUGGGAGACCUAGCCACUUUCUCACUGCCGUCCUCACACAGCGGUCCACUCUGUUGAGCAGUCCCACUGUGGUUGAGCCCAUAGAGAGCUGAUGGUAUAGCGACGGCACGAAAGCCAAACAUCCAUUGCUGAGGCUUCAAGGGAGCUUUGCCGAUGGUGUCCAGAAGCUCCUUUAGAUGGUCCAGAGGCCGAGUUGCCAUGUGUCCUUCUGGCUUGAAGGGCACGUCCAGGUAGUGCCACUGGUCUGACCGCUUGAGAGCUUGCAACGGUUUGCUGUUACAGGUGAAUACCUGUCGCAGGUUCACCACCGUUUUCUUCUCCUUGGGGAUGACUUCCAAGGAUACUGUCAAGCUCUUCCCAGAGUUUACAGUGAGGCCACAUAGUGCUAGAUGUCUACCCACUAUGUCGAUGGUAGUUUGUAGCCCUACUGGUGUAGACGCCACAAACACCAGGUCGUCUGCAAAGGCUACACCGUUCACUGUCACGCCUUCUCCCAGGUCGGCCCCUACCUCCUUCGGUAUCUUCCGAAGGAGACUGUCCAUGAUCAUAUUAAAUAUGCAGGGUGACAUGGGGUCACCCUGCUUCACCCCACACCUGGGGUGAAAUUCCUGGGAGGUCGCGCCACCGCACGAAAGUACGGUGGUACUCCGGUCAUAGACAUCACUUAUAUAGUGUGUCAUUGGGUUGGGGAUCCCCAUCAUCUGAAGGGUUUCCUUGAUGGUACGAUGGGCCACAGAGUCGAACGCUUUCGCCACGUCCAGGGAUGCCAAGUUUCGACCACUGCUUGUGGUUCCGGAGUACCAUAUCCAGGAGGAAGAUGUUUUUGGAGAACCCAUCGAACUGCUGGAAGGCCCGUUGUCUAGGGUCUAAGUUGACUUCUCUUUUUUUUUUUUUAAUUAAUAUUUAUUAAAGUUUCAGAAAGAAUAAAAUCACAUCAACAAACACAAAAAUUUUAACAAAAACAGAGAAAAAUACACCACACAAAAUACAAAGUACAGAAUAGAAAAAGGUAAAAAAAAGAAAAAAGAAAAAAAAAGAAACAGUUAAAAAUAGUUCCGUCCUUUCAUAACCUCUUUUAAAUUUACCUGUUUCCCAGACUUCCUCAUACCUCCCUCUUUUGUAUUCCAAUUCAGUUUGUAAACCCAGCAAUUUCUUACCCUCCUUUUUAAUUCCAGUCCUAAAUCUUGAUAUAUUAUGACAUUAGAUUUUUACCUAUUUGAACCAAUUUUUCCAUUUCUCUUAGUCUUUUGGUCCUAAUCCUUAAUCUUGAUACAUUUAUAGCUUUAAAACCUGUUCAGCUAGAAGCCACUUAACUUCAAUCCAACAUCACUCUAACAUUCAUUGAUUUUGCAGUGUUUCUGUAAAUAGUCUUUAAAUUUCUUCCAAUCUUCUUCCACCAACUCUUCUCCCUGGUCACGGAUUCUGCCAGUCAUUUCUGCCAAUUCCAUAUAGUCCAUCAUUUUCAUCUGCCAUUCCUCCAGUGUGGGUAGCUCUUGUGUCUUCCAAUACUUUGCGAUAAGUAUUCUUGCUGCUGUUGUAGCGUACAUAAAGAAAGUUCUGUCCUUCUUUAACACCGAUUGGUCGACUAUGCCCAGGAGAAAGGCCUCUGGUUUCUUCAAGCAGGUAUAUUUAAAUACCUUUUUUAAUUCAUUAUAAAUCAUCUCCCAGAAAACCUUAAUCCUUGGGCACGUCCACCAAAGGUGAAAGAAUGUACCUUCAGUUUCUUUACAUUUCCAACAUUUAUUAUCGGGCAAAUGGUAGAUUUUUGCAAGCUUGACUGGGGUUAUGUACCACCUGUAUAUCAUUUUCAUAAUAUUCUCUCUUAGGGCAUUACAUACCGUAAACUUCAUACCUGUGGUCCAUAACUGUUCCCAGUCAGCAAACAUAAUAUUAUGUCCAACAUCUUGUGCCCAUUUAAUCAUAGCAGAUUUCACCGUUUCAUCCUGAGUAUUCCAUUUCAGCAGCAAGUUAUACAUUCUUGACAAAUUCUUAGUUUUGGGUUCUAAGAGUUCUGUUUCUAAUUUUGAUUUUUCCACCUGGAAGCCAAUUUUCUUGUCCAAAUUGUAUGCCUCCAUUAUCUGAUAAUAAUGAAGCCAGUCUCGCACUUUAUUUUUUAGUUUUUCAAAACUCUGCAGUUUCAAUCUAUCUCCGUCUUGUUCUAAAAUUUCCCAAUAUUUCGGCCAUUUGACCUCCAUAUUAAGCUUUUUCAAGGCUUUCGCUUCCAUCGGUGACAGCCACCUUGGGGUUUUAUUUUCCAAUAAAUCCUUAUAUCUUAUCCAAACAUUAAACAAAGCUUUCCUGACAAUAUGAUUUUUAAAUGCUUUAUGUGCUUUGACCUUAUCAUACCACAGAUAUGCAUGCCAUCCAAAUACAUUGUUAAAACCUUCUAGAUCCAAAAUGUCAGUGUUUUCAAGAAGCAGCCAUUCUUUCAACCAGCAAAAAGCUGCUGAUUCAUAAUAAAGUUUAAGGUCUGGCAGGGCAAAUCCACCUCUUUCCUUUGCAUCUGUUAGUAUUUUAAAUUUUAUUCUGGGCUUCUUGCCCUGCCAGACAAAUCUAGAAAUAUCUCUCUGCCACCUCUUGAAACAGUCCAUUUUGUCCACAAUUUGCAGCGUUUGAAACAAAAACAACAUUCUAGGCAAUACAUUCAUUUUUACCGCAGCAAUACGGCCCAGCAGUGAAAGCUUCAAAUUUGACCAAAUUUCUAAAUCUUUUUUCACUUCAGCCCAACAUUUUUCAUAGUUAUCUUUAAAUAAAUUCCCAUUUUUUGCUGUCAUGUUACUAAGUCGACUUCUCUAGUCAACCGCACAGCCAGGACCUUGUGGAAGACUCUGGUCAAUACUGGGGAGACAGUUAUGGGGCGGAAGUCUCCCGGAUCUUGGGCAUGAUCUUUUUUGGGAAUCUGUGUUGUUCGAGUCCCCAGCAACGACUGGGGGCAUUUCCCACAUACCAUUAUUAGGUUGAAGAGCCGCUCCAGCGCACCUAGAGGCAGCUUCUUCACGUGUUCGACAGUCAUUCCGUCAGGUCCUGGUGCCGUUGAGUAGCAGAUAGUCAAACGAGAACUUUGAAGGCCGAAGUGGAGAAGGGUUCCAUGUGAACAGCAGUUGAACAUGGGUCAGUUGAUCCUAACCAAUUCCUGGUAGGCCUGGUGGCGCCUAUGGGCUUUUAUCGCCUCAGCUGCAUGAUCUUUUUUUGGGAAUCAGUGUUGUUCGAGCCCCCAGCAACGACGGGGGGGCAUUUCCGACAUACCAUUAUUAGGUUGAAGAGCUGCUCCAGGGCACCUAGAGGCAGCUUCUUCACCUGUUCCACGGUCAUUCCAUCAGGUCCUGGCGCCGUUGAGACCGAUGAUAUGGCUCUCUUAAUCUCAGCAGCCGUCAUGGGUUCCCAUAAGGAUGUUAUAACAUCUCUCCUGGGGCCAGGGCCAGGUGAGCAGUCCGGAGCCCUGGUCAUUAGCUUUUCCCAGUACGGAAAGAGGCUCGCGCCAUUUUCUAUUGGCACGUCCCUGUUCUUAUCAAGAGCCCACUUAAUACAUUUAGUGGGACUCUUAUGCCAUAGAUGUUGGAAUUUGGCAUAUUGCUCUCACCUCUUCCACCUAUUGGACAUCUGUUGUUCUUGGCUACUUCGUUUCCCUCUCUGCGCCCUCCAGGGUUGUGUACCCUGCAUGCCCCGCACAACCAGGGAUAGUUCUUCAUACACGUCGGUGAGCGUCCUCGACCCGACGGUGGCACUCAGCCUUUCCAAUCGCACGAGGUGUUCCGUGGUGGUUGGCAUUCUGGGGAGCUGCUGCAGGUGUUGUAUCAGCCUGUCACGCCACUGGGUAUUCGAAGCUUCCACCACAGGUUGAGGGGCUGGUCCGUCUACCACCUCUAGCUGUUCCUGGGUAUACGUCGCAACCAAUUCCCGAUAGGCCUGCUGGCGCCUAUGGGCUUUUAUAGCCUCUGCUGUUCUUUCUGGGAACUUCUCCAUCAGGGCUAGGUUCAUAUGGCGUGCCCCCGAGGUUAGGAGUCUUGCCUCCUCUCUGGCCAGCAGUGCUGUUUCCUCGGGGGUCCAUCUCCUUUUCACCUGAUGCGUAUUUUGUUGCGCGUCAUACCAGUCUGGGUGGGCUCGUUGGUGAUGGACACCGCGUCCGGUCUUGGUGUUAAAGGCUCUCUCGCAAUCUGGGUGUUCGCAUACGAAAACUGGUUGUUCCACCGCAGGAACUACACCAGGCCCAGCAGCAUGGGAGCUGCUCCUCACCCGGGUAGUACGGUCCGAUGACUCACCACCGCUUUGCGGUUCCGCAAGGAUUCAUACCCGCAAGGGAUCUGGGUGAGGAUGAGCUGAAGCUCUCUGGCACGGACCCAGAGGUUCAGAUAAGCCUUCCCUGUUAGCCGCCUAAAGACGUUGCCGCCUAAAGACGUUGCCUGACUCUCACCACGAGGAGGUAGGGAUAGGCACGUUAGGCUUUUUUGGGGGGGGGGAAAUUGUUUGGGGGGGGUGACUAGUUUAUUUUGUAUUAUGGUGUGUUUUGUAGCACUAGUUUUUAAUCCUGCUCUCUUCUAUCUGUUUGGAUGGAGGCUGUUUGUUUGACAAUGCUGUAAGCAUUCAGCAUACAGCCCUCCGAUCACAACCCAUGGUGAUGGAGCCUUGAGAUAUUUCUUUCCUAUUAUUCCUAAAGGCAACAGUUCUUUUAUGAUCACUCCAGGCAUUCUUACUGAAGUGACAUGUAACUUGCAGUUUCUGUUGCACAGUGUCUGUAGACUACUGUAACACCCUCGCAUUGGUUCAGGGUCUCAGAUGUAUGGCAUCCACCUCUGCAGAGUCUGUCAAGUCUUCUGCCUCUGGCUAGACGUUUUCAUAUUGGGAGCACAUUUAUCCAGAGUUUUACGGAAUUAAAGUAAUCCCUUCCUGACAGAAAACACGUGCAACCAUGCCUCUUGGUUUGGUGUUUUUUAUUCUUCUUCUAACCCCCACCAUCAAUGUGCUCCCCUGCUUCAUCAAUCCAUCUUUCACUCAGGGCCCCUGUUGUAUGCAGGAAGCUUCCUCUGUUUCUGAAGUGAUGUUCCAUUACCUUCAGUUCCUUUGCCAGGAGGUUCCCAGCUAAGGACUGCUUGCGGACCUGCUUAAAGGCAAUUUAUGAAGGUGUUCUCUAUGCAGGCUCCGUAUGCUCCAUCUCAGCCAUUGCAAACAGGGACCUCCAUCAUUUACCUUGAUGUGAAACUACGCCACAAGUCUGGAUGCCGGGAGACCAAGCCAGGUUCUACUUGUCCUUGAGCAGUGGUCCAUGCAGGUAAGCAUUUGCACCCCUCCAACUCUAACGACAGCUGGUUGUAAAAGUAGGGUAGGACCACAGUCUGUAGUCUGAACACCCUGUGUUGGGGUUUCAGGGAACCCUUCCUCAAGAUUUCCCUUGCAGCCUCUCAAGGGGUUGGAUUGCCAUUCUUCUCUCAGUGGUGAAUGGGAUCCUAAGCUAUUUCCAUUUGCCUGACCUCUUUAGUGCCAUUUUAGCAUUGACCACCACUUUCUUUCUGGGGAUGUUCUCCAGGGAGACCAUUAGGAACUUCUGGUAUUGAUGGUAAGCCCACAUAGUGCCAGAUGUUCCACCACUACAUGAAGGCUGUGAGGUUGGAUACUCAGCUCUUCAAAGGAGCUGCUGUUUUUCCUAGCAGCGGGUAUCAUGCAUUGGAACCACAAAAUGCAUGAAUGGAUUAUAGAAUAGUAGAGUUGUAAGAGACCAGGAAUCAUCUAGUCAAAGCUCCUGAAAUUCAGGAUUACUGGAACAGCAAGUCCAAAUUCUGUCUGGGUCAUCCAAAACCCUGAAGGGGUGGGCUCCAUUCCAUUCUGGAAGAUGCAUUACAGCUGUCUAACAACUGGAAGACUGGAAAGGGAUCCUCUGUGGAAAAGCUAAGGGGGUGAUGGGUGCUCCUCCAGUUCUUUGAGUGUGGAAAGUGUAGCCUGCUGCACAGUUGUCUACAUGAGCCUCAGAAGGUUCUGUGUCUUGAGAGAAGGAUUGAUAGAUACAGCUCCUGCUGUGGUCCCCACUGAAUUGGGGCUUUGGAUGCCUAUUGGCACUUAUGGUACAAUAACCCCAAGAUCUGGGUGAGCCCUGGAAUGAGUGCAAGUACUUGGGGGUGUGUGAAAUGAGAAGUAAAUCUGAUCCUCCAUGCUCUGCAAUAAUUUUCCUACCAGGCUGGGAGAAGAUCAACUGCACACCACUGAAGUUCUGAGCCCAGCUUGGACAAGGCGAUGAUGUGCCCAGAGUAAUAAUACCUUUAUUGUCAUUAUAUAACCUGUGUACAAUGAAAUUAAACAAGCCUCCCCCCCCAAACACUCAAUCUCGUUGCACUCUGUGUGCUUAUCGAACAACACACCACCUCGCACGUCAGUUUUGCUAUGUUAUUUUCCAUUCAACAGCCUAACAGCCCACAGAUAGAAGCUAUUUUUUAGCCUGUUGGUAUGACUUGAUUAUACUUCUAUAUCUCCUGCCCGAGGGUAGAAGAUUUUCCAAGUGAGGUCCUCACUAAGGUAAACUCCCAGGAAUUUAAAGCAGGGGACUCUCUCCACACAGCCCCCCCCCAAUAUACAAUGGGGCAGGUUCCCCUCUCUUCCUCUGGAAGUCCAACAGCACCUCCUUUGUCUUACUAAUAUAUAGGUGCAAGUUAUUCUCUGAGCACCUAACCAAUAUUUGUUUGUUCAUUAAUAGGCUGCCACUGGAGUGGAUAUUGGGAUUGGUCCUAGGUUUCCUCUGCUGGCUGUAUCCAUACCUGUGCCAGAAUGUUCCUGUACUUCACGUGGAUCUGGAGCUUGGCGGUCAUGAAUUCUCACUGGGGCAGCAGAAGUUUCUGCCGUGAUUGGACUUAUUGUUUGGCAGCAAACGGUGACUCAUAUAAUGUUGGAUCUGCAUGCAGAUAACCAGAACACGGACAUGGAGG